AGAGAACAUAUUGUCCUUACUAUAAAAUCCAUCUCAAACUCGGUCCAUCUAUAUCCUCUCAUCCUUAUCCAUUUCCCUAAACAUACAAGACUAUUAUCAUCAUGGCGACCUCACGACUUGCGAGAUUCAUAACCGAGGUUGCACCACCGCAAGUUGUCACGGUGAUGCGGCGAAGAACGGCCAAGGUACUCGACACGAUCAAGGAGGAAGAAAGAGAAGUUGGGACUGAUCAUUCCAUGUUUUCCUCGUUUACUUCUCCGUGUUCUGCUUCUUCCUCAUCUGUCUCAUUCAGUUCCGGUCGGAAUUAUUUCCCGGUUACAGAGAACCGGAGCUCUUUUCCGGUUUUCAAGAACUGAAAAUCAAUUCCACCUCCUCCUGCCGAAAUAAUGGUUUUUCAUAUGUAAUUACGUCAAUAGUUGCGUUGUUUCCGGUAGUAUGUAUGUUGUAAAUUUUGGUUUUCCGGUGAGCUCCGUUGAUUCGGUUGAUCAAAACCGGAUCAGCAUCGUGAAGCCUACACCGGGUUGACUCUAAUGUAUGUGGAAGGGACUUUGUUCGUUUUAUAAAAUGAACCCAAAAUCUAUAAUUCUAGUUUAUUGUCAUUUCAAUUAGGUUGAUCAACCUCGAGGAAUAUUACAAGCACUUGUCCAACGAUUAAUAUCAACAUGUUUUCGCUAUUACGAACACUCUCCUAAACCCAGG